AUGGCCGACUCGGUUGAUCGUGUCUUCGUUCACGCUCUCAACACGGUCAAGAAGAUACCCAAGACUGGUGCAUCGCGGCCGCCGCCGUCGGACCGCCUCCGUCUCUAUGGCCUCUACAAACAGGCCAUGGAGGGUGACGUCGACGGUGUCAUGGAACAGCCGACACACGGUGUCGGACUGACAUCGGAAGAGCUCCAGCGCGAACGGGACAAGUGGGAUGCGUGGAACUCGCAAAAGGGACUUGCCCGCACCGAGGCGAAGCGGAGAUACGUCGAGGCACUGAUCGAAACGAUGCAUCGAUACGCAACCACGACGGAUGCGACGGAACUCGUGACGGAACUCGAAUUUGUUUGGAACCAAAUCAAGCACAACUCCCCGAGCUCGUCCGACUCGUCGCCCAAGGCAGCCGGUUCCGCAGCCGGUCGGCGCUUCCUCCAACCGAUAGACGGAAGCGAGGGCCCGAUGAGGAUGCUCACGCCGAUGAGCGAGCAAGGCGAGGCCGAGCUCGAGUCCCAGAGGCAGAUGGAUCUCGAGGACAUGGCCGAUGCCGAGGGUGGUCGCACCAAUCGAUGGCAGCGAAAGAUGGAACGGGGCAUCACGAAGCUCUCCGCCGAGGUGGCCGCCCUUCGGGAGCAGAUCGUGACGGGGAGAGAAUGGAAGUCAAAGAAGGCGCGCAGCUUCCCCAAAUGGCUCGGCUGGGUGACGUGGCUCAUCCUUCGGCACCUCGCCAUCGACGGCGUCAUCCUUGCCAUCAUCUUAAUAUGGCUGCGCAGGCGCAAGGACAGGAGGGUGGAAGAUUUGGUGCGAGCGGCUCUGAAAAUUGGCAGAGAAUACGUCAGAAUGGUGCUGCCGUCUCGAUGA